UUGGGUGGGGCUCCUCCAAAGUCCUUGGGCAGGCGGUUCCCACUGCCCCUCCCCAGGCCCUCCCCCUGCCCUCCGGGCCCUUGCGGUCCUCCCCACAGACCUUCUCUCACCACCAUGGAGUUCGACCUGGCCGCAGCCGUCGACUCCAAGGAGCCCCAGGGGACGGGCCAAGUGGGAGACCACAAACACAGCCCCCACAAAGUUCGGGCCGCGUCAGAGGCGGGGGCGCCUGAUAAGCCGAGGGGUGGCGGUCACCGCAGCUCCUCAGACUCCAGCAGCGACAGCUCCAGCGACAGCUCCAGCGACAGCUCCAGCGACUCGGACAUGGAAGCAAAGCCUCCCGCUGCCGCCUCCGAAGGGCACAAGAACACGCCGGCCAAGGUCAAGAAGCCCAAGGCGAAAAAGGAGAAGAAAGGCAAGGCGAAGAAGGAGGCUCCUCACUGACGGGCCGGGCGAGGCUCAUUAAAUCUUCUCUCGACUCUC